AUGUCCACCAUAGAGUGGAAUUUAUCAAAUACUUUUCCUUUACCUUAUCGUGUACUUAUUAUCUCUGUAAUAGGACUUUGGGCAUGGGGAUCUAAUUUACAAAUACUUUCGUGGACUUCUAUAAACGUACCACUGCUUUUGAGCUCUUCUCAUGAUAAAAAUAGAAUUUCUCAUACUUCUUAUAAAGAUGUUUAUACAUUAGCAGUUAUCAUAACGUCUUUAAUUUGGUUGAAUUUAAUUAUCUUUUGGAAAGUAACCGGUGGUAUUGAAGCAAAAAUUACAGAAUGGACCUCAAUUCCCUUAGCUUGCUAUGCUGUUGUUUUUGCAAUCAUAUUAUGUCCUUUCAACAUUUUUCAAAGGAAGGAAAGAGCAAAAUUUUUGCGUUGCAUUCGAAGAGUAGUAUUUUCUGGUUUUGGUAGUGAAGUAUUACCAGCGGACGUAAUAAUGGCAGAUAUUUUAACUAGUUUUGCAAAAGUAUUUGGUGAUUUAUAUGUCACGGGAUGUAUUUUAUUAUUUUACGAUGUGGACCAAGAAGGCUAUUCAGCAAAUAGAUGUUGGAGUUAUAUAAUAGCUCCUUUAUUUACCAGGUUUAGACAGUGUAUGACAGAAUACAUUCGUUCCAAAUAUAGUAAUAGGCGUCAUUUAUUUAAUGCUUUUAAAUACUGUUCGGCAUUUCCUGUUAUAUUAUUUUCAGCAUUGCAAAAAUGGUAUAAAUACGAGUCAUUAACUAAUCCGUCAGUUAUAUGGAUUGCACCUCCCAUCUUAUUUAAAUUAUGGGUAAUAUCGGUAGCUUUUAAUUCUAUGUAUUCAUUUUAUUGGGAUGUUGUAAUGGAUUGGAAAUUAGAAUUCUUUUCACCAACGAUUCCAGGUGUUUUGAUGCCUAGUUUGAAACUUCGUGUAUUUUUAAUGGAAAUUUUCGAAGUUAUACGACGCUGGUUAUGGAUAUUUUUCAGAAUGGAAAGUGCUUAUGUGGAAGAGAAAUUUGACAAGGAAGGUGGUGAUGUUUAUGAUUAUGAUCCUUUAACUAUUCAUAUGACAGAGAUCGGAGGUCCUUUGGCAGUUAAUGAACUUUAA